UCUGCUUCUGAUCGGUGUUUUCAAGUAUACCAUGUCGAGCCCUUUGCAGGCUUUGGUGGUUGUUGUCAGUUGAUAUCUGGUUUUGAGCUGUGAUGGCUGAGACAAGCAGGCGCAGGACGACAUCUUCUCUGCAGCUUCAGCGCUUCUUCGAUGUCGUGGAAACAAGACGUGCACCGCAAGGUCACACAGUUUACAAAGUAGUUUUCUCAGCGGGCAAUAGUGACAACAACGAAACACUAAGUGAGGUUUUCAUCUGGCGGAGAUACAGUACGUUUGUACAGCUUCAUAAGCAGCUGGAAGAAGUCUACAGCGGUUUGCCGUUGGCUAAACGAAGUCAGAAAUUUCCUGACUUUCCGAAAGCCACGUUCUUUGGUCGUUUUGAUGAGGCGGUCAUUGAUGAGCGGCGGAAAGGAGCCAUCUCUCUGCUGCGUUUUGUCUCGAGCAUUCCGGAGCUACUGGUCUCGGGACCGUUGACCGAGUUCGUGCUGCACACGGGGGAGAUAUCCAAGAGCUCCUGGGAGGCAAUCGUCAAUGGCACUGCCGCCGAUGAGCCGCUUGCUCUGACCGAAGAGGCUCGUUUUCAGCCGUCCAUUGCUCCGGUCUGUGACGGUGGCAACGACCAAGUAUCUGUGCCGGAUACGAACGAUCUUACCAGAAGCGCAAGCACUGCUGCUUUGACUAUUGACGACAUUGGAUCACAACUUCCUGAUCUUUCAGCACCAGUAACCAACGGUGCGGUUGGAAGUGGCGGGACGGAACAUACCUUAUCCGGUAGUCUUGAUCGUUGCUCUGCGGACGUGACUGACAGUGCACGGGUUGCAAUGCCAGCGAAACCAACCAGCAGCGACAUCACUGCCGCUGCAGCUGGAGAACCCGAUGAAAAGACGAGCAUCUGGGAGCACAAGUGUGCGUCUCCAGUACUGGAUAUGACCAGUGAUGCCACUGCUGAUGCUGAUGCUGAUAUUGUUCCACCUACCAGUGGUGCUCGUGUUAGUGAGGUCAGUGACACGGAAUCAUCACUCGGCACCCACGCAGGUACUGAAGAUGACGGCGAAGCCAUACCGCAGUGUUCCGGUGGCACUGUGGAGGCAGAGGAGGACGAAUGCGGUGGUGAUGGGUCGUCCGCAUUACUAGCUGAUCUCAGUAUGAUAGACGAUCAGCUUGAACGCGGUGAAGAUCCAGAAAGCACGGCAGCCGAUGACCAAGCUGCAGGAGCAGACGACCUGCCAUCAGGAUUGGCAACUCCACAGAGUAUAUCUGAGCCGCAUUCUCCAUCUGAACCGGCAUCACCAUCGCUAGGCCUGUCCCCCAACCGUCCGGUAGCUCGUAUUUACGCCAGUCCUGGCAACCAAGCUGGCGGCUGGUUUAAAGACGUCGUGGCAGCAUCUUGGGACGAUAUUGAACGACGUCUAGGAGAUGGCAACUCUCCUAAUCCCGCGUUGCCGCCUACGUCACAGCAGCCGGGAAUAGUGGCUUCAUCAGGGACUGCAGACUCCACUGGAGGAUCACCGUCUUCUAACGAUCGCGUACAUCCUGUGGCUGAGCUGAGUAACACCACACCAUCGACUUCUCAUCUCACUGCUGCAACAUACCGACAGGAGCGGUCUACUUCCAUCGAUAGCAUCUCCAACCUUGAACUGAGCGGCGACGGAGACUACGUGCUGCAAUCGGCUGCCGUCAUAGGCAAGGCGCUAGAAGCGGAAGCCGCCUGUGACUUUGGCCUGGCGUUUAGCCUGUACAAGUCCGGCGUUGGACUGUUGCUCAGUGGCGUGCAGACUGAUGGGAAUGCUCUGCGCCGUGAUGCUGUGCGGCGCAAAACUGCCCAGUACCUUCAACGAGCUGAAACACUGCAUCACCGCUACCUGAAAAACGGCGCCGGAACGAACAAGGACAGGUGGCAGGGUACUCCCCGUCACUCGUCACCAUCAGCAUCUGCUGUUCCUGUGGCACAGCCUAGUGCAGCGCAUCAUGUUCCCUCACUACAACUGAAGGACUUUACUGUUAUUCGACCUCUGGGAACGCUGCUAUUAGCCCAGAACUGCCACACUCAAGAUGUGUAUGUCAUUAAGACGUUGAACAAAACUGUGCAGCCCGCACAGCCAAGCGGCAAAAGGAGUCGCCGAGUUAAAAGUCGCAAUCUUAUGAAUACAUUAUGUCCAUACAUGGUGAGGCCGGUUGGCCAUUUCGACACUCCCAAUCGACUGUUUCUCCUACUCGAGUAUGCGCAGCGUGGUGCCUUGUGGAGCGCUCUGGAACGCUUCUACAAGGCGAAUGAGGCAGAAGACAGCUCCCCGCCUGAACAAGAGAGCAACAGUAUCUGCGAGAGCGAUGAAGCAGGGACAGAAUCGAAGCCGCAGGGCGCGCUUUCGCCGGGCUGCAAGGCACCGGUGACUUGUAGCACUGUGCCGGAAAGUCGUGUGCGACGGUGGGCAGCGCAGAUUGUGUCCGCCCUUCAUCACUUGCACCGUCACGGCUUUGUGUGGAAGGAUCUGCAACCCAGGAAUCUCUUGCUGGACGAACAAGAUGACGUUCUACUGACGUACAACGGUUAUUGGGAGAACGUGGAUCCGCAGUUCAGCCUGUGGGCUCGGGAGAAUCUGUACACCGCUCCAGAACUGAAUGGUCUAGAUGCGGCAACAGAAGCAGCCGACUGGUGGAGCCUUGGUGCCAUACUCUACGAACUGUUAACUGGCCAGACCCUACUCUCGUGUCAUCCAGCCGGCGUUUCGUCACACAGCUGUUUAUAUCUACCAGUGCACCUGUCCUUCCAAGCAUCCUCUCUUCUACAAAAUCUCUUACAGCCGUCAGCCAAAGAACGUCUGGGUGCUGGCCACUCUGGAAUCGAGGAGAUCAAAUCCCAUCCCUUUUUUGCUGGUGUAUUGUGGACGAGUUCUCGCUGAUGUCACCAGGUUCUCGUCAGUGCUCAGCCGACAGCCAGGCACCAAGUGGCCUGUCUGUCCUAUUUCCCGUUGAUACGACGAGACAUUUUAGCCAUGAAAUGGUGGCACAUAACGAUCUCGUUAACCCCGUACAAGCAAUUACGAUUAGAUAUACCUGUGCAAUCAUAUUGUGUUCCUGAUCAAGCUGGACUUGAAUACCCGUUUGAUACUUGCCUCCCCUCCCUCUCAUGCUUGCAUGCGCGCGCGCGCGCGUGCGCGCACACACACACACGCACACACACACGUGUGUCCGUACCGCUAUCAGCUGUGGCUUGAACGUUUCUCAUUGCUUUUCAUAGUAUAAAGUGCUAGUACUAGGCUGGGCCUGGUCAGGCAGUAGGCCUUCAGGAGAUCUACUAUUCCUAUAGCACACUGAACUGUUU